GGUGGAGACGAGAAGCGCCUGGACGGAAGAAGCGCCAGCAGCGGAGACGAGAAGCGCCUGGACGGAAGAACUCACGAGAUGAAAAAAUGGCGCAUGGGCUACGAGAGACUUGAACUGGGCCAAUAGGACACGUUUGGGGAACCAAAACUUUCUCUAUUUGUAGUUGCAAAAUUUCUAGAAAAGCUUUCCUCUCAAACGGAGAGAUGUACUCGGAUCAGAUCUCCACCGGGCGCAAGCGCUCCAUCCAUGACCGCCUUGACGGCGACCUCCCUGCCGGCACGGGCGCCGGCGGCCGUGUCCGUCACACGGUGUCCAAGAGGCAACGACAGAUAGAUGAAAAAUGGAAGCAUGAUCUGUAUCGGGAAGAUGAUGAACCAGCUUCAAAAUCAACAGAUCCGAAGGAUUUGCGAUUGAAGCUUCAGAGGCGAAGUUUUCAACAAGAUUUUACCAGCACAAGAAGUUCUGGUGUGCGUGAUCUACGUGAGAAGCUAUCUGGUAUAAUGAACCCACAGCCAUCAAAUGCUGACCCACCAAAGCCAAAGCCAAAGCCAGUAUCGGAGGUUGUUAACAUCUCAAGGCGUCAAAUUGCUGAUGAAAUGCAUGCACGCCAAAAUAAGAAACCACCAAAGCAGACUUCAUCGAAGAAGACAUCUCAGCCAAAGGCUGAAAGUCCACUCGACAGUUUCCUGAGUUCCCUUGGGCUUGAGAAGUACUCAAUUACCUUCCAGGCAGAAGAGGUUGACAUGGCAGCCCUAAGGCAUAUGACGGACAGUGAUCUAAAAGCUUUGGGCAUUCCAAUGGGUCCUCGGAAGAAGAUUAUCCUUGCCUUGGAAUCGAGAGCAUAAGGGAAUGACAAGGGAGUACAGUGUAGGAAGGUGGGGGAUAUGCUAGGCAUGCUCGUGUGCAAGUUCGACAAAAACUUUGUAUCCACAUAUCUUGGAAAGGGUACAACAACAAUGAUUUUAUGGGUCUCUUGUAACGCAUACCCUGUCCUGUUGAGCAUGUUCAGCGAAGUUUAGGAUUGCUAGAAGGCAGGCCACGGCGUCUAUUGCUGUAACUUGUUUCCGUGUUAAUUAAGUGGUGCGGUAUACAUGUUGAGGCAGUUGGGUUCGUCUUGGAAUGCUAUAUCCUAUAACUACUUGGGUGUUUGGUUCGAAGAAUGAGAUAUUACAUCAUCUUCUCACUUUUCACUA